CUCCCGCGCUCUCUGGUUUGUUUACCCGCCUCUCGGCGCGCCGGUUCGAAGGUGCUCCAGAAGAUCAGGUUUCCCUCUGAAUCGGUACCUUUUCUCUGCCACAAUGGCCCCCGAGAGCCUCAUGAUCCUCUACGAGGAUGAUUCAGUUGAAGUGCACUAUAUGGAUGGCUCCAGGUUGCUCCUUUCGCCUUGUGGGUCUGAGUUUUUGUUUGAGAAGGCACCUCCUGCCUCUGCCCACCCCAUGCAGCCUCCAGAAAGGGUUCGCCAGAGGACACCGUUUGCUAUUAGCGUCUACCGGGUGCAGCUUUUGCGAGCGUUAGAUUUUCGGAAUCAAUAUGCUGAUCAUCCCUAUUUACCUUCAAGUAUUAUACCUGCUGAAAGGAAGAAUGUUAUUUUCAUGGAUAUCUCUGAAGCCAAGUGGCCCGGUCCUGAUAAUGCCGAAGGGACAAUAGUUGUGCAGAAUGGCAAUGUGACAGUCACCUCCUUAGAUGGACAUGCUUGUCUCUUCUUACCGGAGCUUCAGCAAGAAUUUACAGUAGAGUUUUUAUGCAAAGUCAGCCAGAAGGUUUUGACCUCAUUGCCACCUUUGGAGAAGAACUGCAGUAAACUGAUCCAAGAUUGUUCUGGAAGAUCGAGCCAAAAUGCUGCCUUAAAACUGUCUUCUAAGCAGUUGGCAACUAAAGGGAAGGACAAUAUCCCUAGUGCAGAAAAUCCUGUUCAGCAAAGCGAUUCAGGAUGUUUGAAGCCAGAUGGGAUUUCAGGGGCUUUCCAGAACUCUUCGUCUGAAUAUUGUAGAGUUAAGCAGCAUAUGUCUGUGUCUUCCUGCCCCAGAGAAUGGGAGUCCCCUUUGUCAUUGGCAUUUAUGUUUUGUCAGUCAGCUCAAUCUGAGGAAGCCAGCAAAGAAGGUGAUUCCUCCAAGUGGGACACAUCUAGGGCAAUCACCCAUUUACCUUCAGCUUUACCUCUCAGCUGCCAUGCUCCAUAUUUGCACAGGUGGAAUUUCACUAACUUCUUCCAACCAAAACAGGAAGAUAGUAAACAUUAUUUGCACACUCAGCCAAUCAAAGUACUGUGGAGCAACGACGUCAUUUACAGAUUUUUUCUUAGAACUAAAAGCAUAGAAAUUUACCCAGGUGAUGGAUCAGUUUUCAAAUCAGAAGGUACCUUCUGGGGGAAAUAUUUCACUCGCUAUUAUAUCCAGGAGCAAACAAAACAGAGAGAAGAAACCACGUAUUCUGUAAGCAGUCUGCCUCCUGAUACACCUGGAAGCCUCUAUUCUGUGUGGGGCAUUAUUACACAAGCAGUAAGAGUUCUUCAACACGAUCUUGAGAACAUCCUGUCAUUAACACAUAAUUUCAGUGCCUGCUGCUGGAAGAUGUCUCCUGAAACUGGUGGAGAAGAAAUGCUGCCAGUCCCUUUGGCUUCAAAGUUUUUUCCUAAUGUGGGAAGAUUGUUUGCAUAUUCGGAUAAUAAAGUACAUGUUGUUUUUAAUGAUGGAAUGGCCCUGAAUAUGAUGUGGGAUUUUCAUUCUCGUGAUGGAGACACACAGAGACCUCAGGAUGCAAACACAGGCUGGUGCAAGCUGACUUCUCCUGAUGGAGCUCAGCAACUUAUCCAGAUAGAUCAACCUGGGCUUUAUGAAAGAUACAUUACAACAGCAGUAGAGUGGUGCAGAAACUUGAAUGAGGACAGAGAUAAAUGCACUGAAACAACGCAUCUUAUUCCUGAAGAAAACUGGUCCGUUGCUGCCGAACUGGAAAAAAUUAAAAGAUUCAAUUUCUUAGUGGAAAACAGCAAUAUUCCAAAUACGAUUUCCGCUGUGAAAAGAACUCCAUCUGUCAACAUAAAUAUGCAGAACGGUUCGGAGGCAAUCUUUUUAUCUGAGGAUAUUGAUGAAAAGAGCAUAGCUGAUACUUUACACAGAACAUCAAAGAUAAUCAGUGAUAUUGACUCUCUUUUAUCUUCCUCCACAAAGCCAAGCAUGGCCAAAAGCAUUUCACAUGAUACUGCCUUUCAUUAGCUUGACCUGCAAAGGAAAAAAAGAAAGAAAUAAAUCAAACUUCACAGUUAAAAAGUAAAAUGAUUUGUCCUGAUUUUGCUACUUUAUAAAUAAUCAAAGCAUUUUCAUAAUGGAGCCAAAGGUGACAAUAUUUCUUUUUCUAAUAUCAAACAUGGCUUUUAAAAGGUAUUCAUUAAUUAAAAUGUAAGAUU